AUGACGCAUCGAAUGAUACAAACGGCAGUUAUCGCCCUGUUAGCAGGGGCUGUAUCAGCGUCAAGUAACCUCCAUGUUGCAGGAAAUAGUACAGAGUAUGAUUUCAUCGUUGUUGGCGGUGGCACAGCAGGCUUGACCGUCGCUACUCGCCUAGCGCAGCACUCCUUUGAAGUUGCCGUGGUUGAAGCCGGCUCACGAUAUGAAGACAACUCGUUUGCUGCAUUUCCAGCCGCUGUUGUGCUUCCAUCGGGAUCAGAUCCUACAACGGAUUCGCCCAUUGACUGGGGCUUUGUGACGGAGGAGUUUCCUGGUGCAAAUCACCGGCGAAUCCACUUCCCCCGGGGAAAGUGUCUUGGUGGAUCCUCCGCCCUAAACUGGAUGAUAUACCAGCGACCUUCCAAGAAUGCAAUGCAGCUCUGGGCGCAGGUUGUGAACGACAGUAGUUACCAGUUCGAGCAUGCUCUGCCAUACUUCCAGCAGAGCGUCAAUUUCACCGCGCCGAAUGCAGCUGUUCGUCUAGCUAAUGCUACGGCAGAUUAUGAUGCGGCGGCUUUUGACCUACGCAAUGGCGGCCCAGUGCAAGUAUCAUAUCCAAACUAUGCCAUGCCUUUCUCGACUUGGAUGAAACUAGGAGUGAAUGCUAUGGGCAUUGAAGAGACGAAAGACUUCAACUCCGGGACCCUCAUGGGAUCGCAGUACUGCUCAUCGACAAUCCAGCCGUUGAACCAGACCCGGAGCAGUUCAGACGCCUUCCUCAGUAUCGAUCCACUACCUCUUACAGUGUACGACAAUACAGUGGCCCAGAAAGUUGUCCUAGACGCCAAUAAGAGAGCAACAGGCGUUGAGAUAUCGGGUAAUAUAACCCUGAGAGCACGGAGAGAGGUCAUCCUCUCCGCUGGCGCCAUCCAGUCUCCCCAGCUCCUUAUGCUUUCCGGCAUCGGACCAGAGGAAACCCUCCGUAGCCAUGCAAUCUAUGUGCUAGUCGACCUGCCGGGCAAUCUGCGCGAGCCUAACGGGCCGCUUGGAAGCCCGAUCGCCGACUUUCUCGCCUGGGAGAAGAUCCCAGCUACGCAUAGGAAGAGUUUUGACAAAGAGAUAGAGGACGAUCUAUCUCGCUUCCCAUCUGACUGGCCCGAAGCCGAGGCGAGUUCGUCCCUCAACCAAAACCUGGCAGAGCAGACAUUGACAUAUCUUAUGGUGAAAAACCAACCGAGAGACGGAUACCAGUACGCCUCCAUCCUGGGUACGUUGGUGGCGCCCACCUCCCGCGGCAGCGUUACCAUCGCAUCCGGCAACAUCUCCGAGCCACCGCUCAUCAACCCAAACUGGCUCGCCACGGAAACGGAUCAGAGAAUGGCCGUCGCAAUCUUCAAGCGUGUCCGGGAGGCAUUCCAGAGUCGUGCUAUGGCGCCCGUAGUGAUUGGAGAGGAGUACUUCCCGGGCCCUGGUGUGCAAACCGACGAAGAGAUCCUGGAGUUCAUUAGAGAUAAUGUGAUGACCAUCUUCCAUCCAGCGUGUACAUGUAAGAUGGGGGUGAACACGGACCCCAUGGCGGUUGUGGAUAGCCAAGGAAGAGUAUUUGGGACACAUGGGCUGCGGGUUAUUGAUGCCAGUGCGUUUCCGAUUCUGCCUCCGGGACAUCCACAGGCUACUUUUUACAUGUUGGCCGAGAAACUCGCUCAUCAGAUUGUACAGGAUUAUGAUAGAGCUAGAGAUAGAGGAUGA